AUGGAUGACUAUGAGGUCCGAAGGAAUAUCUGGGAAUCCACCAUCCCCAUCGAAUUCAGACUUGGUCCGGAUAUUGUGCAUUCGGUGAAACCUACUUUUGUAAGUUUUACCUUUAUUUUUUGAUGCAGAUUAUGUCGCUUUAGCAUCCAAAAAAUAUUUUUUAGUUAAUGUUGAAACGGGUCGAUUAUUUUCCUUUGGUCAUGGAUAAAGUCUUACAAAAUUUUACGAAUAUCAGUAGCACUGUCCGGGAAAUGGAGGAUAUCUGGCUGGAAUGCAAUGGAAAACCUCUUAAGUGGUGAGUCAGUCUAAAGUAAGAUGAUUUUUUUGUUUUUCUCUAGGCAUUAUCCUGUUGGCGUCCUUUAUGAUCUACACUCAGGCCCAGAACAGCUUCCAUGGACUGUGACGGUCAGAUUAAAGGUAAGGUUGGCUUGCAACGUCUCUAUUUUUCGAUUUUUUCUAGGGCUUUCCGGAUGAUCUCGUUCGGAAAGAGGAAAUGAGGAAUCUAUUUCUCCAGACGAUAAAAGAAGCCGAUCAACUGAAGCAUCGAGGGAAUAUUAUAUCAGAGAUGAAGGCCGACGAGCACUCGCGUCUUUUCGAGUCCAUUUCCCAAGGUAUUUUUAAUAAUUUUUGAUUUUUUUUUGGCUUCUUUAUGACCCAUAUGCCCUUACUUUUUCUCAUGAAAUAUGAGAUUACGUGAAGAACAUCUGGCACUAUAAAUUUUGUUGAUUUACAGGGCGAUUCGACGAUUUUUGGUCGAUAAAUUCGAGAUUGAUGGAUGAAAAUAUGUUUAAUCUUCCGAUUAAAGUUUAUUUGGUAAGUGUUUAAUCUAAUAAUGUUAUUUUUAAUCUACUUCCAGCCUAAUCAAACGAUGAAACAACUCCUUAUUGGUAUAAAAAACGAAGAGGAUGAAGAAAACACCCUCCAAAAUGUAAUAUCAGCGGCUUCGGAAGGUAAAGAAGAAGAUAUUCAAAUAAUUUCUCAUGGGGUACCCCUCCCACAUCACACUCCACUCCUUUGGCUCGCCAGAAACAUGUCUUAUCCGGACAAUUUCAUCCAUCUCAUCUUCAAAUCUAAAUAAUUCAGAGAUUUUUUUGUAAAAUUUAGUCAUCAUUAUAUUGUACGGUAAAUUAUUUUAAUUAUUAAAAAUAGUGUGCUUUUUGGUCUCAUGCUUUCGUAAAAUGGCUAAUAAAUCUAUUUUUUAGCCUCCAAGUGAUGAGCAAAUCAUCUUCUUGCAGCCUCCGGACAGCCGCCAGAUCUGCGGCUUUUCUUUGGCCAAGGUCAACCAAAGAUUGAAGAGGCCUAG